UUUUUAGUUUAUUUUAUUUCAUUAUUUGCAACGCUCGUUUCUUCCUUUAGCAAACAAGGUCCACUGAAGAACUCCGUUUACGUUUACUUCUACAGAACCACUCAUCAUUUCUCAAUUAUGCCUCAUCUGCAUGCUAGCGACAUAGAACCGUAUUGAAUGAGACUGAACCUGUGUCACUCCCAGCUCUAUAGCCUGGAACACCGACUUACAUAGUGCUACAACAAUCAGAAUUCUGGUCUAAUGAUGAUAUACUGCCAAGACUACAGGAUGUUACACGGUACUUGGUGAGUAAUGGUGACAUUAAAGCUGCCCUGUUACUGAAUGGGUAGAUAUACUCCAAGCUAACGAGUAUGAUCGUGCUAUUACUGAAGAGGAUAUAUCAAAUAUGAGAGGGGUUGAUUACCAAACGAUAGACCCGCUUGAUCUACAUAAGGUCCGCCACUCGAAAUCGUUCACUCUCCCAGAGAAUCUUCACAACUACAUUACUUAGGUAUUGGACGAUACUGUGAAGUACUAUAGUUCUAAUUGUAGUGAUUAAGAUGCUUUAUUAAGCAGGUUGCUAACAUCUGAUUAUUUAUGUUGUUUUAAACAAAGGGUGUAGGUGAUCUAUCAUGCCUUUCGUAGUAGUAUUAGCCUAUGUUGAUACAACUAAGAAAGCUACUAUGCUAGUGACACAUACAAUUAACCACCUUGUAAACAUGUAUAAAUAACAUUGCUAAUAGGCGAACGACAGCUUUUCAUUUAUGUAUAUUUGCUCAAGUCCUAGUGUCAACAAUUUAAUGGAAAUCGUUCUAGUUGUCUGCCUUUUGUUUUCUUCUGCCAUUGUAAAACUACGAACUGGUGUGAGCUGUUUAAUUAGAAUCCAAUUUAAAUAGAAAAAGUAUCUAUACUACACCUUUUUUUGUUUUUUUCUUUCUUCAAAACCAAGCUUGAGAAAUCUGAACCGCUUACCUUGUAUUACAAAAUCGAAAUAAAUUUCUUCUUUUAUAUUUCUUACAAUUCAUCCUUUACUUAUUUUAUUUUUAUUUUUAUUGAAUUCUUUCUCAUAAACAUCAUUUUCUCUUCUCAAAACGUUUGUACUUCUCUGCAAACCUCUAUCCUACUGCCCAUUUACAGCACCAUGGCAAAACGAUAUAAUGAUGAGUCGGAAGACACUCAAAUGAAUGAGAUUAUGAAAGCUCCAGAUAUGGAUUUCAUAAAUAUUGAUUUUGAAUUUUUUGACCCUCAACCUAUUGACUUUCAUGCCUUUAAAAAUUUGUUGAAACAGUUGCUAGGCUAUGAUCACACAAACGUUAACAUUAGUGCUCUCUCUGAUUUAAUUUUAAGCCAACCUUUACUAGGAUCUACUGUCAAGGUCGAUGGAAAUAAUUCUGACCCUUAUGCUAUGCUUUCUGUCAUUAAUCUUAACAGCAGAAGAGAAGAGCCGGUGAUAAAGGAACUUACCUCCUAUGUACUAUCUAGAAUUUCAGCUUCUAACCCUAACAUGGAGAAGCAAGUUCGUGAGUUAUUGUCUCCAGAAUCGAAAGCACAGGUUGGUUUAAUUGUCAACGAACGGUUGAUCAACAUGCCCGUUCAGGUUAUCCCUCCUAUGUACAACAUGCUUUUAGAAGAAAUGCAAUGGGCUAUCGAUGAAAAUGAACCUUACAACUUUACUCAUUAUCUCUCGUUGUCAAGGACGUACGUCGAGGUCGCUUCCAAGCUCGAUGACGAAGAUGAACGACCCAAAAAGAAAGGUAAAAAGGCAGGAGAACAAGAAAUUUGUUACUUCCAUCCAGAGGAUGAACAAUUUCGUCAAGCUGCAUUGUCCGUUGCCGAUUAUCCUUUUGCCAACCAGGACUUCAACCCUGAUGCCAACCGAGUGUUCCAGGAUGCUGGUAUCAAACCUCAAGGAGAAUUGAUUUUGCUGUCACAUGACGCUUUCAAGUCCUUAGUACCUCAACUGUUAAAUGUGUACAGUGCUUGAUACAUACGACUACGCCUCCUAAAAAUUCAAAAACAUCUUUUACUUGAUUUCGUUACUUUGGUUUUGCUGGGAAUUUGGAUCUUUAGGUUUUUUCUGGAUAAAUAAAUAGUAUAUUCAUAUUCAAAAUAAUUUGUAUCAAAA